UUCUGCUUUUACCCAAGAGCAUGAAACCAAACCACCUCGCUCUCGAGGGACUGCCCUCGGGGUCAUGGCGGGGCUUGAACUCGGGCCGAGCGCGCCCUCCUCCGACGAAAGGGCCCCGCCGAGUCGCCGCCGCCGCCUUGCGCGAUGACGCAAUGGUAGCCGCCCGUGCGUAGCGCUAGCGAGAGGGGCUCCUGGCUUUGGGCUUCGCGAUAGCGGUUGCCGUGGUAACGGUCUAUUGCUCCGGGCCUGGUCGAGCGCCGGCCCGGAUUGUGCCUAGAAUGGCAGCCGUGGCGGGGGCAGCGGUGGCAGCGGCCACGGCCGGGCAGGACGAGGAGCCCCUGCUGCCAGGGCCCCCCAUCGGGCGCCGCGGCGUCUGCUCCCGGCCGUACUUCGUGGUCGUGAUGGUUUUCGCGCAUCUCUACGUGUUCAACGUGCUGGGCUUGCUGCUCUUCGUGCAUAUCAGCGCUGACGACGGAGACCCGGAGCCGGGCAAAGACUUCCCUAGCCCCGCUCAGGAUCCGCCUGCGUUAUCCUUCGCUCCAAGAGACUUUAACUCUUAUGCCCUGCCUCGCCUCGAGGCCAUCAAGGUGGGACAUAAACAGAAGGUGGAGCUGGUCCCUAACAAAAUCCAUUUCAUGAAAACUCUCAGCUUGAAACCACCUAUUUUUGAAAUUCCAGACUUCCUGAGUGAGGAUGAAUGUAAAUUUAUUAUCCACUUGGCUAAGCUCAAAGGGCUUGAGAAAAGCCAGGCUAGAGCUGAAAACAGUGCCGAAAUCAUGGAAAUGCUAGAUAUUGGCCAGAUGGAUAUUUUCAACCUUCUAGACCGCAAUCAUGAUGGACAGCUGCAGCUUAAUGAGGUGCUGACACAAAACCAUGUAGCAACUGGUGGCAGAUGGAUGACUACUGAGACUCUUCGAGAGAUGUACACUGCUAUGAAAGCAGACCCAGAUGACAAUGGUGUGCUGACUUUGGAGGAGUUUAAGCAGCUGAACAUUCAGGAUUUCUUCAGGUAUAUGAAAAGCAAAGAAGUGAACAAGAGUGAUUUAGUGCGGAACAGUCAGCACACGUGGCUGUAUCAAGGCGAGGGGGCACAUCGGAUCAUGCGCUCCAUAAGGCAAAGGGUGAUGCAUUUAACCCGUCUACCCCCAGAGAUUGUGGAGCACAGUGAACCCUUGCAGGUGGUGCGAUAUGACGAGGGAGGACACUACCAUGCUCACCUGGAUAGUGGACAAAUGCUCCCAGAGACGGUCUGCAGUCACACCAAUCUGUUCAUCGAUGAAAUGCUUCCACUUCAAACCUCAUGCCGAUAUGUGACAGUACUGUUCUACCUAAAUAAUGUGACUGGAGGAGGAGAGACCACAUUUCCUGUAGCUGACAACAGGACUUUUGAAGAAUUGUCGCUGAUCCAGAAUGAGAUUGACCUACGUGACACUCGUAAACACUGUGAUAAGGGAAAUCUGCGUGUAAAACCACUGCAGGGCACUGCUGUCUUCUGGUACAAUUUCCUGUCAGAUGGGGAAGGCUGGGUUGGAGACGUGGAUGAAUAUUCCUUGCAUGGAGGCUGCUUGGUCACUGAAGGAACCAAGUGGAUAGCCAACAACUGGAUCAAUGUGGAUCCCAACAAGAGGCGACAGCUCCUGUUCCAAGAGAUGAUGGCUCAGUUCCCAAAUGAUGGAGAUGAGGAUCCAAGUGAGUGGGCUGUGGACAAAUCCUACAGUGCUGUACAUGUGGAACUGUAAUGCUUGAGAUGCCCUUUCAUUGACUUGAAGUAACUUUUUUGCACUAUCCAGGUUUGCCUAAAUGGGCAUAACCAUUUGUUCCACCAUUCCUGCAUUCUUUCGCCCUUCCCCAUCCUCACAAAUCUCAACAGGGAACAUAAGCUGUACUCCAGCUUUGCAUUUCUGACUAGACUGGAGGAAGGUGAGACUGCCUGGAUAGGUACGCAUGGUUAUGAAUGCAGUCUGAAGAACUGGCAAUCAGACAAGGCAGGAGAAAUGGCAAUGGUUGGCUUUCUAGGAUAUGGGUUCAUGCUUGUAUCUGUUUCAUGGCUGGCUUUGCAGGAGGUUCUAGGUCUCUAAGACAGCCUUCCUCAUGGUAAGUGCAAUCAGUUAGCAGUCAGGAUUUUAGCUCUCCUUCAUCCUGGGCCAUUUAUUCUCCUGGAAUGCAGUUCUUUUGGUUUUAGCUGAUUUUGUAGCUGUAUUCUUGGUACCUGCCAUUCUCUUUUGCUGUCACAUUACGAGAUUUCCACUCUAUGUGACCAAGAGUCACAUGACUCAAAACAUUUGAAGGUCAUUUUCUGAUAUGACAGGAAAGUCCCACAUCAGCAAAACUUAUGCAAUUCUCUGCUGCUCAUUCUAGGUUGCUCUCUAUGCUGUCAUUUUUAGCCCCUACAUGCACAGGUCACCAUCUUGAACAAGGUAGUAAAUGCCCGGUGGCCCUGCCUUGCUGUGAGGGAUGAAAAAUUAGUCUUGAGCAGUUGUGUGCUAAGGAAAAGGCGGGGAGGGCGGAAUCAUAGCUCAGUGGUAGAGCACAUGCUUUGCGUGCAGAAGGUCCGAGCUUCAAUUCCCAUUAUAUCUACAGGUAAGUCCAGGAAAAACUCAUCAAAACCCCUGGGGACUGUUGCUGGUCAGUGUAGACAGUACUGUGCUAAAUGGACCAGUGAUCUGACUUGGGUAUCCUGUGUAACCUGAGAUACAGGGACUGAAGGAAUUGCAGUUAUACCAGGUAAUUUCUAGUGCUAAUGCUUGUUAUAGAGAAUUCUUCUCAGGGUUGGACAUGGUUCUGAAUAAGGACAUAGUUCUGAAAUAUUUAUUGUUGUGUUGAUUAUCAGGGAAAAAAUGGAGAUGUUCAAGUGUGCAAUAGCAGCUAGAAUGCUGUAUUCUUUGAGAUGUACAUUUCAAUAACUUGAUUUGUGUGCUCAAUUCAGUGUAAGCCUGUUUGUUGAGAGGUUUGUGGCUUUCUUGUCCUGGAAAUUGGGAGGGCCGUAGUUCAGUACUAGAGCACAUGCUGUGCAUGCAGAAAGUCCCAGGUUCAAUUCCUAGCAUCUCUAGGUGGGGCUGGGAAAGACUCCUGGAGAAUCCACUGCCAGUGAUUGCAGAAAAGACUUCUUAAAAGUGUCAGUAAGAAAGGGGAAGGGGAGUUGGAAAAGGGGUCAGAGAAAAUGGAACUUCCGUGAGAAACAGAGAAGGUGCCUGCCCCACUGUGUUGAAUCUCAUGAGGCUCCUCGCCAUGGAGAGAGAGCUGUCCCUGAAAGCAAAGCCAGGCUUGCUUGCUUUUCAGUUGUGAUCAGAAAAAGGAAAUUUUCAGUUGCAAAUGAAAUGCCAAAAGCAGUUUCCUGAGUUAAGGCAAAAUGUCGGCUUUGGCUGUAACAAUUACUAUAGAGAACUAAAGAAAAUUUGCUUUGGACUUGCUGCUUAUAUAGUUCAAAGCAAAAUAUGUUCCUUAGUCAAACCCUCCACAUUUUACCCACAGCACAUUAAUCUGCCUAGCAUGUCAUUUAUCAGGAAGUUAAUUUGUCUUGAUGCUAGUGCUGAAAAUUGAUUUUAGCCAUUCAGUCCUAUUGUGUAAAGAGAAGAUUCGACCCUUUUUCUGCUUUAGGUUUGACAUGAAUGUUUCCUCUUGAGGCUGCUGAGAGGGAGCUGCUUUAAAGUGGCGAUCGUGUGACUGGCGAGUCCUCCAGCCAGUUGCAUCUAGCAUUGUCCAUGGCUCUCUGGAAGGGUGUUACGUGAUGUAAGACACUUGCCAUGCUGCAGGAGGUUGCCUUUUCUAUGUGGCAUGUCUUGCUGAGGAUGAAAGCUGGUUUUAGUGUAUGAAAUGUUGAUUAUUGUAUGUGGAGUCUGUGUGUGCCUGCAGCAGCUGAACUUCCAUUCCUUGGAAUGGUAGUGACCAUGCAACCCUUGUAUGAGGGAUUCUUAACUAUCGCCUUACUAGAGGCCUGCAAAACCCAUGUCCCACCAGACCAAACACAGAUUAUCAACCUUGAUUCCAACACCCCUAUAUUUUGUAGUCCAAGACAGGCAACAAAACAGGAGGUUUAUCAAGACCUUGAUUGGUGGGUUACAUUCAGCCUGGUGGGUUGCAAGUGGCACAGGCCUGCCUUAGUAUUACUUGUGCGCUUUAGAAUAUGAGUCUAUAAAGUUAGCAAGGCUUGUUGCUUCUGCACAGCCCUGCCCCGUGAGACUCUGGCAGCUUUAAAAUAUAUAUCAGUCACCCCAAUCCUAAACAAUGUAUUAAUAAAUUUCAUUGACUGCAAUGCAUCGUUUUCAUUCAGGAUUGCAUGCAGCAGUCCUGCUACAGAGUUUUUAUCUGGGGGGUGGGGGGAACCUGCAGUAGCUGCUCUUCAGACAGGAUACUGUGAGGUCUAGUAGUCUGUUUCUUGAAUCUUUUUGCUCUUUCAGGUGUGCCCUUGAUUCUGGAAAUGCUCUCACUUCACCAACAGAUUACUAGUCAGUUUUCAGUCCUUAGGUCCCCUUUAAGAACUGUUCAGUACCAAAAACCUAGACUCCACUCAUAGACUGUAUCCUGUUUAGUAUUUCUGAAAUGCAAACAGGUUGAACCUGAAAUCGAAUCCCUACUUUGCUGUUCACUCGGAACUAGGACCUUGUGGUUUUAUUUUGGGUUUGUGUGUAUUCUGGAGACUGUUCACCUCUUGCUUGUGGUAUUUCUACUUUACUAGCACAGACAUAUAACAGAAUGUAGAUGUUUUGUGUGAUUUCAAGCUGUUUUCAAUGGGAUGGUUAUCCACAAGAGAUAUGACUUCAUCUUAAUGAUUAAGGUUGUGAUCCACAUAAUCAAAAACCUCUCCACUAGGAAUACUGCCUGUAGUUGCAUGGCCAGUAGACUGUAUAGCAUCCAGCUCGCAGGAACGUGUGGGGUUUGCUGGGGCUGAACCCACCUGCAAUGAAGUGGGGGAGGGUGGUGUCAGCACAGUGGUAUGCUUGGUGAAUCAUGCUCUUGAAUUUUUCAAAGGCAUGACAUGCCGAGUGUAUUCAAGCCUACAGCUGAACCCCUUGUUAACCAUAACUAUUUGAGUGAAUAGAUGUUGCCAUUUGUAUUUAUAGGUAACUGGACAGCAUUGAAAUUUAUUUUUCUCUGUGUUCCUUACAUUUGUGUGAUUACCAGUAAGUUAUUUUUCUUAUUUAAUAUUUAUUUAAUUUAUUGUUUCUCAUGCACAGAUGUCAGGCUGUCUGUCCUGCAAUUAAAGGUUUGAAACCAUC